CGAGGUGCACUGCGGCGCGCACCAGCAUUAUCGCUGGGUUGUAGCAAAUAUCGCGAUUAGAUGCGCAUUGGCAGCCGCAGCGGGAUGGAGUCGUGGCUGAAGAUAUCGUGGGUAUUAUGCAUAUUCGGUUUCCUGCGCGAGAUCCGUCCCUCGGAGCCGUAUCACGCGGAGAUAUUGAUGAGCGACUGGUAUCAUGUCACCCAGGAGGAGAUCAAUCGUUCCGUCUAUCCCGUGGGCACCUACUCCUAUCUGGCUCUACAAAUCUUUGUCUUUCUCAUCACAGACUUUCUCAGAUACAAGCCCGUAAUUGUUGCCAAUGCUCUGACGGGCAUCUUAGUCUGGAGCACGCUGCUGUGGACCACAACGCUGACGGGCCUGCAGGUGGUUGAGGUGUUCUACGGCUUCUAUCAGGCGGCUGAGGUGGCCUACUAUGCCUACAUCUACGCCAAAGUCGACAAACAGUAUUAUCCGCGUGUGACCUCAUACACGCGAUCGGCCAUGUUCCUGGGCAAGCUGGUGGGUGGCCUGCUGGCUCAGCUUAUGGUUGGCAUGCAGUGGAUGGUCUACCAGCAGCUCUACAUCAUCAGCAUUACAUCUCAAGUACUGGCGCUGUUUUGGUCAUUCGGUCUGCCAAAGGUUGAAAAGAGUUUGUAUUUCCAUAAACAAUCUCUUGUCACAAAGUCCGAACCGGCAGCCAUUGAGAACGGUUCAAAUAAGCCGGAGGAAACGGUAGCAAAGCCUUCACCUGCCACAAAGCCAGGCGUGCAAGCCUUGCAGCUGCUGUGGUCUCACUUCCACAGCGCCUACACAAAUCCCAUGGUGCUGCAGUGGAGUCUAUGGUAUGCCAUGAUCCUGGCGGGCUUCCUCCAGAUCAGCACCUACAUGCAGGUGGUGUGGAAGUCCUACAACGAGCCAACAAUUGCAUGGAAUGGAGCUGUGGACGCUGCACUGACAGCCCUCAGUGCCAUUUUUUCGCUGCUGGCGGGCUAUUUUCCUGCAAGUCGCCUGAAGACGCGCACCAGCUUUCUGACAAUAGCUUUUGUGUGCGUGCUGGAGGGUGGCUGUAUAUUAUUGUCAUCCUGGACCAGCAACAUAUACUAUUCCUACCUGGGAUAUGUGUUAUUCGGUGGCUUAUUUGCUUUUGCCAUAACAGUGGCCAGCUCUGAACUGGCCAGCAGCCUGGUGGAGGACAGCUUUGCCUUGGUUUUUGGCUUCAACACUUUUGUUGCGCUCCUCUUGCAGUGCAUACUAACAUUUGUGGUUGUGUCGGAGAAUGUCAAUCUCGAUUUGAAUGUUUUUGAACAGUUUACCGUUUACGCAUUCUAUUAUAUGGUGAUUGGCACUGUUUAUUUUAUAAUUGCUUUAUUGCAGUGCGCCUGGUCUUGCGCUAUAGGCCCGAAAACCAAUAAAGAAGUUGUAAAUUGAUAAA